UACAAUUAGGCAGUGGGAACCUCCUCCUCCUUUAGCCUUGUUUAAAGCUGGCUGGUCUCCUGACUCUUGUACUCACAGCUUGUUUCUGUGCUUUGGUUAUUGGCGGUAAGUGGGCAUGGCUGUAAGAAUGGGAUAACUUCUCCCUGUAUGCACACAGCAUCCUCAGCCCUUUCCUCCCUGACUUGGGUUGGACGCAAAGUAAAAAGCGGCUGGCUGACAUGGGUUUGUGGUUCCCAGAAAAGAACAUAACUCCGUCUUUCCAGAGGCUGUCAGUGCCUAGAAGAUUGUGUGAGCCCCCCUUCUGUGCUGGGGGAGGGGCAAGGACAAAGUUUCUGCUCAAGAGGAUACAGAUUUGUGUAUUGUGCAACUUCUGGAGCGGUAUCGUUCACCUUGUAGUCUUAUAUACAGUUGCUAUGACUAUUUUCUUGCAGAUGGCAGUUAGGUGUCUUGAGGAAGGAACACUUUUUUCUAAUGUAUACAGAGUUGCUCUAUGUGCUAGCCAUGGAGCUGGGGGGUGGGUAUUGAACAGCAAAAAAGUGUGGAUGUUACAAAUACUUAACUGAGCACCUACUAUAGGCCAGGCACUGAGCUGUGGGGAUUCAUGGUAAACAGUUUCGUGUUUAAGAAUUGCUUUGUCUAAUAAGGGUGAUACAAUUCUAACACCACAAUGGUUGGCAGUUCAUUCCUAGUUCUCAGGGAAACAGCUGGGCAGUGUCAGGACAUCAGGGAAGCCUUCUUAGAGAAAGUGAUUUCUUUUUUUAAGAUUUUAUUUAUUUAUUUGACAGCACCAGCAGGAGGAGCAGCAGGCAGAGAGAGAGGGAGAAGCAGGCCCCACAUGGAGUAGGGAGCCUAAUCUAUGGCUUGAUCCCAGGACCCUGGGAUCAUGACCUGAGCCAAAGGCAGACAUUUAACUGACUGAGCCCACCCAGGCCCCGUGAGAAAGUGAUUUUUUUUUCUAAAGAUAGAUAGAUAGAUUGAUUGAUUGAUUUGACACAGAGAGAGAGAGACCGCAAGAGAGGGAACAUAAGCAGGGGGAGUGGGAGAGGGAGAAGCAGGCCUCCCACUGAGCAGGGAGCCCGAUGUGGGGCUCCGUCCCAGGACCUGGGACUGUGAUGCAAGCCAAAGGCAGAAGCCUCUGAACAAUAGUGAAUUGGUGGGUGAAGUAUUGCAGGCUCCAGGCCUCUGAGAUGAGACCUGAGUGGUUGGAAGCAGAGCCCCAGGAGGUCCAGAGGGUGAAAGCUAGAGAGGUGCCUAAAUUGAACGUGAAGGGAAGAGCCCCUUAGCCUGUUAAGACUAUGACCUUAAGUACCCACUGCCCUCCAGAAUCUUCCAGUUGACAGGUUAUACAUUUGAAAAGAAGUAGCCAUUGGAUGUCUGGCAAGGACAAGACAGGGGGCAGACGUUUGAAGUCCGGAACCAAAUUAUAACUACAGAGAGCUGUCCCUGAUUCUGGGGGAAGCUCUCAGCAGAAGGCUGCAAAGUUACCAGAGAAAAUGGUCCACUGGUACCCACCCCUUCCAGUUCUGGUUACUACUGCCAAGGAGAGAUGAAAGUCGGGGAGGCUUUGGGAGGACCACAGAGAAGAAAGUUUCUGGUUGUAUGCCCAAAGGGAUUGGCUAGCCUUAGGUGGAAACUGGAACCCAUACUUCCUGGAGGAGAGCAGAGGACAAUGGCCUGCCAGGAUAGGCUUUAGGAGAGUAAAGAUCCAAUUCAAGUAUCAGAGAAGGGUGGUUUGAUGCCAGGCUUAGGCUUGGAAGUAGAAGGAUGCUUAUCCAGGCAGCUAAGGAUUGAAAAGCUACUAGUAUUUCUUAGACAGGUGCCUGCCUGGUUUCCAGGAUGGAACACGCUUCAGUCGCGAAAUGGACCAGCGGUCACCGGCUAGAGCCCCCGCCCCGGUGGGAGGGGGCGGGACGGUCCUGGGAGAAGGGCGGGGGGCGGGGCCAGGGGCCACUUAAGGCGGAGCCGGGUUCUGGCAGCGCAGGAGCCGGGCAGCAGAGCCAGGCUGGGCUGGCACUCACCCACGACCCCCCUUCCCUGCUAUGAUGGCCCAUCAGUAGCAGGUUCCAGACCCCCCGGGAGCAUGUAGGCUGAGCUAGCGGCAGCCAGGUGCGCAGAGCCCCAAGAGCUUUAGGGCACUCUGAGGGCAGCUCUGCCUGCUGCGCUCUCUGGUGCCUGGGGAAAUGCCCAACUGACGGGCGAGCUGGUGAGGACAAGAACAUUCCCUUUGGCCCGAGUGCUCUGCAUCCAUGGCGCUGCCGGCCAGGCUAGUGCCCCUGUGCUGCUUGGCACUUUUGGCGCUGCCCGCUCAGAGCUGCGGGCCCGGCCGGGGGCCUGUUGGCAGGCGCCGCUACGUGCGCAAGCAGCUCGUGCCGUUGCUCUACAAGCAAUUUGUGCCCAGCGUGCCUGAGCGGACCCUGGGCGCCAGUGGGCCUGCCGAGGGGAGAGUGGCAAGGGGCUCUGAGCGCUUCCGGGAUCUGGUGCCCAACUACAACCCCGACAUCAUCUUCAAGGAUGAGGAGAAUAGUGGUGCAGACCGCCUGAUGACCGAGCGCUGUAAGGAGCGGGUGAACGCGCUGGCCAUUGCCGUGAUGAAUAUGUGGCCCGGAGUGCGCCUGCGGGUGACCGAGGGCUGGGACGAGGACGGCCACCAUGCUCAGGACUCUCUCCACUACGAAGGUCGUGCCUUGGACAUCACCACGUCUGACCGCGACCGCAAUAAGUAUGGGUUGCUGGCGCGCCUGGCAGUGGAAGCCGGCUUCGACUGGGUCUACUACGAGUCCCGCAACCACGUCCACGUGUCGGUCAAAGCCGAUAACUCCCUGGCCGUCAGGGCAGGCGGCUGCUUUCCGGGAAAUGCCACUGUGCGCCUGCGGAGCGGCGAGCGGAAGGGGCUUCGAGAACUGCACCGUGGUGACUGGGUGUUGGCGGCAGACGCGGCAGGCCGGGUGGUGCCCACGCCCGUUCUGCUCUUCCUGGACCGGGACUUGCAGCGCCGGGCCUCCUUCGUGGCUGUGGAGACCGAGCGGCCCCCGCGCAAGCUGUUGCUCACGCCCUGGCACCUGGUGUUCGCUGCUCGAGGGCCCGCUCCCGCGCCGGGCGACUUUGCGCCGGUGUUCGCGCGCAGGCUGCGCGCGGGGGACUCGGUGCUGGCGCCCGGCGGGGACGCGCUCCGACCGGCGCGCGUGGCCCGCGUGGCGCGCGAGGAAGCCGUGGGCGUGUUCGCGCCACUCACAGCACACGGGACGCUGCUGGUCAACGACGUCCUGGCCUCGUGCUAUGCGGUUCUGGAGAGUCACCAGUGGGCACACCGCGCCUUCGCUCCUUUGCGCCUGUUGCACGCGCUAGGGGCGCUGCUUCCGGGCGGGGCAGUCCAGCCCACGGGCAUGCACUGGUACUCUCGGUUCCUCUACCGCUUGGCGGAGGAGCUACUGGGCUGAAUGCGUCCGGCGUAGAAACCUCGAGGCGCCCGAGGAAACCGGCCGUGUGGCCUGAGAUCUGGGGGUGUGGGCAGCAGAGGAUGCUGACUCGGGAAGGCAGGGAGGAGGGGAUAGGGAGAAAAAUGGACACGAGACCGGACUGCUUGGUUUAGGGGCAACCUCCACCGGAGCGAAGAGGAGAUCCCUAGCCCUAGGUAGUUGGGGUCGAUGGUGGAUACUCCUUGAAGAGGACUAUUUCACCUCUUCCCGAGUGCCUCAGCCCCAACCAAUUAUUUUAUUUUAUUUUCUAUUUAUAAAUUGUAAUAUAAUGAUCUGCUUGCCCCGCCUGGCAAGGUGAGGGUCCAGGGCACGGCGUUAACACUGUUUGACACAGCCAGCCAAUCUGAUGUCUGACAUUUUCCUACAGGUGGCCUAAUAAAGGGAAGGCUUGCAGGAGCUUAUUGGAAAAUAUCUCUGUUCAGAGGGGGAUUCACCUUGAGAGGAGGGGAGAAGGGGACCAACUCUGAGUCAAUACCUUACUUCCGACUCCUCCCUCCUUGCCCAGCAGGUCUUCCUGCCUGCUUCCUUCCAUCGGAGGGGGCGUCCCUAUUGAUCAGCAAAGAGAGCAGAGAGUCGUGUGCUUUUCUAGGCUGCUGGUUCCUUCUCCCACCCAGAGAGGACCAGCAUUCUGUCCGCAUGCUUGCAUACCGAAUGUUGGAGGGGCCAGGGUUGUUGAAGGAGCAAGAGGGUCUGCACAUGUCCUUUCUCAUUUACAGAGGCUCCAGCGAGGUCACAGGCUAUUGCAUUACUGAUACUCAGAGAAUUCUGGCCCAUGAUUGGUAGCCUGCAGUCUUGGUCCCUCCCUGAAGGCCCUGAAUGAGGUGCCAGGGUCUGAAUGGGGGUGAUGUUUUAUUCUGGGAUGUCACUGGACCAACUGGUGAUCCGUGGGAAUCCCCAGUUAAUUUAUAACUGAUAGUCCCCACACACUCUUGGUCAAGAGAAAGAAUGGGAUCAGAGGGCUGGAACCUCUCUCUCCUGAAGGCCUGGGGGCAGAGAACAGCUUCAAGCCCUGGUGUGUGUGUUUAGGGGAAGAUAGGGAGGCUCUCCAAGCAAGGAGCAUAUAGGCAUUACAACUGGAACCCUCUUCUUGAUCGCUUGUCCUAGUUGUUGUUUCUGCUGGCUUCCUAUACCCCACACCCCACCCCUCUUCUUUCCUCUCCUCUUCUCCUGGCUCUGCUUCCCUGGGCUGGAUAUUCUGAGAACCUUCAGGUUCCAAUGCAGCAGACAGGCAGGAACUCAGACAGUCAGGUGCUCCUGAGCUAGAAUGGAAGCUCGGAGGGAGGUGCCUGGGUGGGUUAAGACUCUGCCUUCCUCUCAUGUCAUGAUCUCAGGGUCCUGGGAUCAAGUAACGCAUUGGGCUUUCUGCUCGUCCGGGAACCUGCUUCCCCGUCUCUCUCUGCCUGCUUCUCUGCCUACUUGUGAUCUCUCUCUCUCUUUUUGUCAAAUAAAUAAAUAAAAUCUUAGGGAAAAAAAAAAAAAAAGAAUGGAAGCUCAGAGGAAGUUGGACUUCAGUAGAAGCGGAAUGUCUGGGUUCAGGCCGAGAGAAGUUUGGUGGUGAAACCAAGGAGCCAGCCCUGGCCCGUAGCAGCUGUGCGGUUUCAGUCCAUAGGGUCCCUGCUAUACACCGCCCUCUGGUGGCCGUCAAGAUUAGUUCUUUUCCAGACCAAAGAAAGAACUAGACUGCAGGGAUGAGUGGACUGCACCUGCGCGGAGGAGAACUUGUCUCAGGAGGCCUGAGAUGGUGGGUGGGGCUUGGUAAGCUGCCAGGGCUGAGCCACAGGUGUUAAGAGCUGGUAAGGAGCCCACACGCCUCUCCUUGUGAAAACCCGUCGGAGCCUGGCAUUUUUGCAUCCUUCCUACCUGGUUUAGCUUUAUGGCUCCCAGAAACUGGAGGUAUACUUGUAGCCAGAUUCUGUGCAUCUCCCUCACCUUGUGACCCUGGAGUUCAAUGUCUAGAGAUAAAAACAUACUUAGGUUUCCAGGAAGUGCUUGAUAAAAGCAACAGGAAGCAGAAUAAGUUUACCUUAACUUUAGUGUCCUCCCACCGACCACUUCCUUCUGUCCCUACCAGGUACCUGUUGCCACCUCCCACCCCUCUUCUGAUCUCACAGUCCAAGCUGUGGAUCUUUCCCAGAGCAUGGCCUGAAAGUCAGGAAGACCUGCAGAUACUGACGCUUCCCCAGAAGGACUGUUGACAAGAUCAGUGUCUGUGCCCAGUGUGGCCAAGGCACUCGGUCAAGGUUUUCUACACUCUGCUCCCAUUUCUCACUGCCUUUGCUGUUUUCCGCUGCUUGUGUGCUUCUCUCCUCACCACUCCACUAGAAGCAGAAUUUAUCCAUGGUUCCCAAAUAUUUGGGGGGGGGUGUUGCCCCCAUAAUUGUUUGAUUUCAUAACACUCCUUCAGAAGGUGCUGUGUGAAAGAGUUGGGCUUGCUUUAGAACUAAAGAAUAAUUUAAAGUGAUCUUGUUUUGAGAAUUUACAGAGUAUUUUGUGAUUAUCUCAGCAAGACCUCUCUGCGUCCUGGGAAACCAGACUUGAGAACCACCGCUUCAAGGUUCAGUUGACCUUUUUAACCCCCCAAAAUCCAGACUCCCCCCCGCCAGCCUCUCUUCAAGCCGGAUUUACUGGACAUCUACAGUGUAGCGCUGCAUUAGACAUGAAAAACACAAAAUAUUAAGAAAGAGCUCUCUCUGGGAGGAAAGGUAUAAGAUGUUUAACUACCAAAACAACACUGUUACUUAAUCAGGGUGAACUGAAUGGGUGGAAAAUGUCAUAUUAGUACAGAGAAAGCCUUGUGGAGAAAGUAGGGCCUGGCUAGGAUGUGGAGGCAUGUAGGUGGAGGAGACCAGAGAGGGCAUUCCAGGCAGAAGUAACGACAUGAACAGGCACUUGGAAUCUGGAUUCUAGCAAGCUGGCUAGAGUGGGAGAUCUGGGAGUGUAACUAUAUGUAGCUCAUGUUUCUUGAGAAUUUACUACAUGUCAGACCCUGUGCUAGCUCUUCCCAUGCAUUCUCAUUUCCUCCUUACGAUAACCCUGUGGGAAUGUAUUACAGAAGAGGACACCGAGGCAAAGACAGGUUUAAGUCACUGGCUCAAGUGACCGCAGCUAGUAAGUGGGAGACCUGGAGCAGGAAUAACAAGAAAUAAGACUGCCUUGAUGGAAAAGACCACAUCUGAAAGGGCCUUAAGAAGUUUUUGACUUGGUGCAUCUGGGUGGCUCAGUCGGUUAAGUGUCUGAACCUUGGUUUUAGGGCUCAGGUCAUGAUCUCAGGGUUGCAGGAUUGGGCCCCGUGUCGGGCUCUGAGCUCAGCGGGGAGUUUGCUGAAGAUUCUCUCCCUCUCCCUCUGCCUCUCACUUGCUCUAAAAUAAAUAAAUAAAAAGUUUUGGACUCUC